ACACCUCAUCUCCUCCCCAAGAACCAGCCGACGACGGUAGAGAGAGAGAGAGAGAGGUUGCUGUUUCGAUGCGUAUUUCUGCAGCUUUGCUUUUCUCUCUCUCCUCUCCUCUCUCUCUCUCUCUCUCUCUCCCUUCUCCACGCACGCACAUCAUCAUUAUUGGGAGGCUCGUCCCUGUCCGUCGCUCGCCUGCUCUCAUCCUCUCCCUCUCUCUCUCCUCCCCCGUUUCUCGGUUAGAUUCACGCCUCUCCAACCUCCUCCCCCAACCCCAAGAAUUCCCGAUCGAUUGAUUGACUGGCCGACCCGCCCGUUGGUGCGUGUUCGUUGAUCCUUUUUUUGCCUCUGGUGAGGAGGAGGGGGUUUGAUUCUUUUGUGUUCUUGGUCCAAGAACCAAGGGGGGAAUUAGCGGGUGAGGAUUUCUUGGUUUCUUGUGGGUGGUGUGCCGAUCAAUUAGAUGUCAGGUUGGAUGAUUGGAGCCGAUCAUGGCGAUGAUCGCGGUCCUGAUGAUCGUCUGUUCGGAUUGGUGUUCUCUGCUUAAAGAUGAUGUUCUCGGUUUUGGUGAUCCUUUCAUCAGAAUCGGGGCGAUUAGCGUGGAUCCUUCGUUGUUUACUCGAAUUGGGGUCUUUCUUUACUGGUAGGAUGUUAGUGGGUGUGAUCUUUUGCCGCCGAUGAUGCAGUUGGAAUCUUGCUUGUUUGUGUGUGUACUGGUUAACUGUGGAUAUUGUUGAUAAUUGUUGGAUAGGAUAAGAAAGGUAGACUUUUGUGGGGGGUGGAGUUGGGAGGAAUAUGCUUUGUUUUGUGAGGGGGUGGAAGUGGCUCUUUGUCCUUUACCAUUUUACAUGUUCCUGUUCUGCAUCAAUCAUUUCUUGGUGCAAGCCUCACAACCGUCUAAUGGUGUUCUUGACUGGGUUUGGGGGCACUGUUUUGAGAUUUCAGUUGUUUUCUUCCUUUGUUUCCUUGAUUUUUGGAGGUUGUUUUGCAUCUGAUUUAGUGUCUGUUUGCCAUCCAGAAGAAUAUGGCAUCUCUAUAUGUUUGGUCAGGGUGAUAUGCUCUGUUUGAUUGCAUUGACUUUGGGAAUGCUUUCAAUUAUUGAUAUGCUCUGAUUGUUUGUUUACAAGUGUUGGAUGGAUUCUUUCUCAUCCACUUUUCUGAUUCGGAUGAAUAAUAUAACAUAUUAUUGUUUAAUUGUGUUAAACUAAGGUGUGCUGAUGAGCUUGUUAGAGAAGUUACUUAACAAUUAAUGAUUGUAGUUACAUGUCUUGAUUACAUUAAUGCAUUGCACAUUACAGAAUGGUCCUGUACUUAAUUCACUCUGGACUUCUGGAGAGCCAGGAACACCACAAGUUUGAGAUAAAAGCAUAAGGCAGUGCAAGUCGCAGCCGUGGCAGAUGGACGCCACGACGAGCAGUGGAGCUUCCUCCUCUCUACCCCUCCACCUUAUCAUAGAUGAUGCUCUUGCCCUUGUUUCUCCGUUGCAGCAGUCGUUUCAGAGGUCACAGCGCCAUUGCUUUGGUGGCUCUGCUCCUGGAGAAUUCCCCUUGGCUGCAAACCCAUCAAUUGUCCUCCAUGUCCUCACAUCAUGCAAUCUGGAACCUGAUGACCUCGCUCACUUGGAGGCAACAUGCUCGUUUUUCCGGAAGCCUGCCAAUUUCCCUCCCGAUUUUCAGUUGUCAAUGUCAGAACUCGCAGCGUUGGAUAUGUGCCAGAAACGGGCGAUAUUUAAACCUAUGACUCAACAAGAAAGAGAAAUGUUUAAGCAACGUUGCGGCGGGAGUUGGAAGCUGGUUCUUAGGUUUAUAAUGGCAGGUGAAGCAUGUUGCCGGAGGGAAAAAUCUCAGGCAAUCGCUGGACCUGGUCACAGCAUCGCUGUGACAACAAGCGGUGCAGUGUAUACUUUUGGGUCCAACAGCUCUGGUCAACUUGGCCAUGGUAGUUUAGAAGAGGAGUGGAGGCCACGGAUUAUCAGAUCAUUGCAGGGUAUUAGAAUUAUUCAAGCGGCAGCAGGAGCAGGACGCACAAUGCUUGUUAGUGAUGCUGGUAGGGUCUAUGCAUUUGGAAAGGAUUCAUUUGGAGAAGUGGAAUAUGCAGCCCAAGGUUCUAGGGUUGUCACCACACCACAGCUGGUGGAAUCAUUGAAGGACAUAUACAUUGUCCAGGCAGCAAUCGGGAACUUCUUUACUGCAGUUUUAUCUCGGGAAGGUCAUGUGUAUACAUUUUCUUGGGGGAAUGACAUGAAACUUGGUCAUCAGACAGAGCCAAAUGAUGUUCAGCCUCAUCUUCUAGCAGGCCCUCUUGAGAACAUUCCAGUUGUGCAGAUUGCCGCAGGCUACUGCUAUCUCCUGGCUCUGGCAUGCCAACCAAGUGGCAUGUCUGUUUAUUCUGUUGGUUGUGGGUUAGGUGGGAAACUUGGCCAUGGUUCUCGAACCGAUGAGAAAUACCCUAGGUUAAUCGAGCAGUUCCAAGCUUUGAAUAUACAACCAGUAGUGGUUGCUGCUGGUGCUUGGCAUGCUGCUGUUGUAGGCAAGGAUGGGCGUGUUUGCACUUGGGGAUGGGGGCGGUAUGGCUGCUUGGGUCACGGUAAUGAGGAAUGUGAGUCUGUUCCUAAGGUUGUUGAGUCCUUAGUCAAUGUGAGGGCUGUCCAUGUAGCAACUGGAGAUUACACCACAUUUGUUGUAUCUGAUAAAGGUGAUGUUUACUCGUUUGGAUGUGGUGAAUCAUCAAGUCUUGGCCACAACACUAUAACUGAGGGUAAUAAUAGGCACACUAAUGUCCUUAGCCCGGAGUUGGUGACUUCUUUGAAAAGAACAAAUGAAAGGGUUGCUCAGAUCAGCCUCACUAACUCCAUUUACUGGAAUGCACAUACAUUUGCACUGACAGAUUCAGGAAAACUCUAUGCGUUUGGUGCAGGGGACAAAGGGCAGCUAGGUACCGAACUCGUCGCGCAGGAAAGCGAGAGGGGGACACCGGAGCGUGUUGAAAUUGACCUCAGUUAGGUCCAAAUUGCAACGCCACUUCAUCUCCUUUUCUCUCCAGAUGCACUCUUCUAACGUUAACUUUCAAAUUGAUUGCAUUGCGCGCCCUUUAGCUUGUUGGCUGUUCAUCAGCCUCAUCCUGCUCUGCAGCUAAUCCUUGUGAAAAUAGUUACCAUCAAUUAAACAGUCUGUUGUUCAUAUGAUUGGUUCGGUUUAGAAACUUUGUAUAUAUGAUUAUCAUGUAAAUAUAACAGUCAGGUCUCAUUGCCAGUUCCUUUAAAACAUGAGUAGCUGGCUUUUAACAUCCUGUGAAAUUUACCUUAACUCUACAUCUGCACCA